UGAUGAUAUAAAAAGGACAGAAGCUUUGUCUACCACCUUUAUGACAAGGUUUGGGAACAUAACCAUGUGUCAUGUGUGGUUGUGUACUAUAGAUUCAGAUUUCAACCCAAUCCUCAAAUUUACCUCGGUAUAUAGAUACUAUUUUGGUCACAAAUUUGCUUAAGUACGUUUCAGUCAGAUCUUCAAACAGAUGUAAUGAUGUAACGUAUAACUAGAACCUAUCACCGUUAAGUAAUUUGUUGCUUUCUUUUAAUGAUUCAUUAUCUCCUUGUCAAUGGACUUUGAUUUGGAAAGACAGAGAAGUGUUGUUUGAAGCUGUUGUAUAUAGUAAUUUUGAUAUGGUUUUUACUCUAACUUUUGGCGUGCAAUCUCUGUUUUUCAAUUUCAAUAGCUGAAAUUGUCCCCACCACCCUGGUUGUGAAGCAUGCAAGGCAAUUCAUCGAGAAGAAUGGCAUAAAAAGCGACCUUAGAUGCGUAUUGGUUCUAGUAGUGGCCGGCCAUAAAAGUUCUCUGUUCCUUUCUUCACCCAUCAAACAAGGAAAAGAUCAAAACACAUUAUUUUUUGGUUUCCUCCUAUGCAAUGCACCGAAUGAUCACUUCACUUCACUUCUCUGUUUUAAUUUCUCGCUUUAGUGUUUGUCACUACUUCACUUUUAUAUAUGCUCUUCACAUUCCAUAUUUCUCUGUUACAACUACUCCACCAUCUUUUUCGAAAAAUAUUAGCUGAUCAACACUUUUUUCUUAAUUUUAUCUUAUAUUUAAAUUAACAUUAACUAACUCGCUGUCUUUCUACACUAAAAAUAUUGGCCCCUUAAUAUUAUUUUGCUUCACGGAUAUCUUUAUAUUUAUAUCUUCAUUUCACAUUCUCGUCAUAAGAUCAUAUUCUUACAAGAAACUUAUCGCUUAAUUCCCACCUUCCUUUCUCAUCCGAACUCUUUGAGUUUGAAAUGGCCACAAACAUUUGGCAUGCGAAAUGGAAACAAGUGGAAGAAAACGAUCAGGACGAAGAUGAAGAUGAAGAACUGGAAGCAUUGUCACUUUGUGAUCUUCCGGUGAAUUCAAUCGAACAAGAAGAUCUGCCAAGAAAACCACCAGCUUCUCAGAUAAGCGAAACUAGAGAAGCGGAAUUCGAUUUCUGCUCAUGGGGUGGCCCGGUAGAAAUGUGUUCAGCAGAUGAAGUUUUCUUCCAAGGCCAAAUGCUCCCAUUGUGUGUCUCAUCAAAAUCCACCACUUCCCAGCGUUAUGGCCAGAAACAUGAGUGGCUAUUUGAAUCAAGGUCAGAAUCCAUGGACCAUUUUUCUUCAAGCGAGUUUCAUAGCAGUAGCAGUAGAAGCAGCAGUUUAAGAAGUCAAAACUCAUGUAGUAGCACCAGCUCCACCACCAUCACCACAAGAACAACAAGAACUUCUAAUGCUAGAAGAGAAGUUCGUGGUCAUCAUUUUUACACGCAUCAUCCAAGUCCCAAACCUCAGUUGAAAGCAAAUAUUACAAGACAAGGAAGCUUUGGUAAUAAUCAUGGUAGAAAGUCGUCAUCAGCAUGGGAUAUUUUCCGUCUAGGUGUGGUUCCUGCACCUGAGAUAGGUUUACAAGAUAUUAAGGUUCGUAGUACCAACAAUGUUAAUAGCAAAAAUUAUAGUAACUUCAAUUUCAAUUUCAACGCUAAUGUCGCCACUACCAAUAAUAGUGUUGAAAUGAGUAACAACAUUAGCGGAAAGAGCAAGAACGUUUUGAAGCAGUUUAUGAACAAAGGUAGUGGUUUAUUCAGUGGUUGUAAGUGCUCAUCAAUUGAAACGGUUGAGGCGGACAUUGCUAUGAUUGGUGGUCACACAAAAAAGUCAAAUGAGACAGAGGGCACAGUGCACGCCAUGAAAGAAAAAGUGGUGGAACAAAAGAGGCAGAACAGUAGGGUAAAGCAGGGAAAGAAGGGUGUGCCACGUCAUCAUCAAAGCUUUGAAUGGAUGAAGGGGCUUUUAAAUAAUACGAAGUAUCACGAUGAGGAGGCUUUGUUAUCAUCAAGCUCAUGAAUUGUUGUGUCAUUGUGUGAUUAUUGGUCGCACUUUGUGUUUAAUAGAUAGAUUAGAAUUAGAUUGCCUUUCUUUAUUAGCUUUGGAAUUAUGAUAUUGGAGUAGAGGAUCUGUGAAAUCAUAGUCAGAAUUUUUUACAUUGCUCGUGAGAAAUGAGGCUGUAAAACGAAUUAUAUCAGUAUCAUUCCUUUAAGAGAUUGAAUUGCUUUUGUUAAGAUA